AAACCGUAGUAUUUACGUUAAAGAUGAAGAAAAAGAAGUAGUUAUGGCUAGGCCCAUUAACUCAAAAGCCCAAAUAAGAAAGAGUGUACAGCCCAGCCCAGCCCAGCUCACCCAAACCCUAGCUAGGGUUUUGUUUCGUGGAAUAUAAAGGCGAGAGACUGUCUCUGCCCCAUAUUUCUUUGGUCCCUGGAAGAAGGAGAGAUCUCAUUCGCGAACAACAAUGCCGAAGCAAAUUCACGAGAUCAAGGAUUUCCUUCUGACAGCUCGGAGGAAGGAUGCUCGUUCGGUGAAGAUUAAGAGAAGCAAAGAUGUGGUCAAGUUCAAGGUUCGUUGCUCAAAGUACCUCUACACUCUUUGUGUCUUUGAUUCCGAGAAGGCCGAUAAGUUGAAGCAAUCUCUUCCCCCAGGUUUGAGUGUCCAGGACCUUUGAAGAGUUGGGUGUCAUUGAGAGAUCUUAAUUAAUGUGGAAUUUUUGCUUUGUUUAAGAAAGAUGUUCUCUGUUUUGUUUGAAAUGUUUGGUAAAAAAGAUUUUGAUGUGAGAUUUACUUGUUAUUGUGUUGAUCUUAGUAGUAUUAUUGUUAUUUAGCUAGCUUAAUCAAUGUAUUGGUUGACUGCAUGCAUUUUAAUUUUUCAUCAAUUAGAUAUGUUGAAACAAUUGGUUCGA